UGGUCUGUUGCGACGGGUAUCAUUCUGCCCUGGAGUGUUGGGGAAAGUCUACACUUCAGAAAGUGUAGUGAACGCUGAACACGAAAGAUCAAGGGAAAAUCGUCAUGCCUUACAUUCUCGUCAGCACCCAGAUCCGCCUGGAGACUGGACCUACGAUGGUUGGCGAUGAAUAUUCAGAUCCAGAUAUAAUGAGCCAUCUCGGAGCUCGAAAGACUUGUGUGCUGGGCAACAACUUUUCUGAGUACCAUGUGGAUGACCCACCUCGUGUGGUUCUAAACAAGCUGGAGCUGAUUGGUUACCGGGUCUUGUGUAUGACGGGCAUGGGCCAGACUCUAGCAUGGUGCCUGCACAAGGAGACGGUGUGAUCUGUGUUCCCCCUCCAAGGGCUCUCUUGAUAUGUUCCUGUUCCCAGGAGCUGAUCCAGGAUCAGCUUACCCACCCCCAAAUGAAAACUAUUUAAAUUCUGUACCAAAAAUCAUAACUGGGGUAGGAUCAGUGCCUGGUGGCAGAAUCUAUCCACAGCCUUAAAAAGGAGAGACUGGAGCUGACAGAAUUUAGGAUCAAGCCACAGCUUUCCCUUCCAUACUGGGGGCAGUAUAAAGUGCAUUUAUCUCAUUUUCCACCAUUGUUAAUUGCAUAGUUAAAAAUAAAAAAAUGCCUCCAGAUGUUACCAUGGAUCAGUUAAAUAAGACAUCAGAUUAGGCCUACAUGUGUGUAUUUGUUGUGUAGUUGACAGUUAUAAAACCUGUCAUGCAGUCUACCUGUACCACUUCCGCUGUCAAAUAAAGGAGUUUAUUGAGCGUGAA